CCGGGAAGCAAUGUGCUGUCUUUUGUAUGGCUUUGCAGAGUCGUGAAUUGAUGCUCGACACCGGGGGUGCCAUUGACCUACUGGAAGGGUGCCGGUUUGACUGCCAGUCCUUGACUGAUAUGUAGUGAUGCUGUGACAUGACAGAGUGAACGAGACAACUUAGAAUGACUUCCAUGAUAUAUUUCUGCUCCGGCAAGUCUCUUAAGACUCUCGAGCUGGUGCAAAAUUGCAACAUCUACUGCUAUCUGAGUAGUGACUAGGACUAUAAGAAGAGAUCGAUAUUCUUCAGUGUACUGUCACUGGAGUGGUGACCUGUAAAUUCCGUAAGUGACUCUCCAGCUGGCCACGAAGGCUCCUGCCUGAAUUCUGACCAGAAUACAAUUCAGAACUGACUUUCCAAGUGAUUUGAAAAGCUGCUCUCCGAUUACUGAAUAGAACCGGAAGAAGAGCUCAUAUUUCUCCAGUGCAUGCGUCAUUACGUUGGCUACCUGUGAGAUUCAGAAUUGACUCUCGAUGUGGUCCAAAAUGCUGAACUCGAGUCAAGUUUAUUUUUCUAGCCCUUAAUCACAAAAGACUCAAAGGGCUUUCAUACGGUCACGGGCGUGCUGGAGCCUAUCCCAACCGACUCCGGGCGAGAGGCGGGUUACACCCUGAACGGGUCGCCAGCCAAUCGCGGGGCACAUGGAGACAAAAAAAACAACAUUCACACCUACGGACAAUUUUGGGGAAUGUGGGAGAAAACCAGAGUACCCGGAUAAAACCCACGCAGGCACGGGGAGAAAAUGCAAACUCUACAUGGGAUUUGAACCCGGCUCCUCAGAACUGUUGAAUUAGGGAUGCUAACCGGUCUAUCACCGUGCUGCAGCUUCACAGACGCACAGUUGAAGGAAAAACUCCAAAGAAGAGAUGGAGAGAUCCCCCUUCCGGGAUGAGCAGGCUGCGAUGGCUGUUGAGCGGGCAACAUUCAUCACACACUAUAGCGCCGUACAAUGGAAAGUGGUUCUUUCUCAGAACCUGUUCCGGUCAGUCAAUGCAGAAUAGAGAAGGCGCUGGAAUCUGGGGGCUUCUUUUUGCCUCUCAGAGUGAAAGAGAUCGUGUUGCGCACAUAGCUUUUGAGCUGGAACAUACGAAACGACUAAGUUGGCAAAAUGGGAGGGUACUAAGCCAUGUAAUAUUUGAUGAGUACGUAACAAAAGUGGACCGACCGGGAGCCGGUAUUGAAGUAAUACCUUUUUCAAAAGGCUUGCUGCAGUGUUUUGUACUCACUGCAGGCAUUUAACAUUUAACAUUAGACAUGGGAAGACCAGAAUGCAGUACGUUACAGCAGUGGAGCUGAGAGGUAACGAAUGCAUUGACUAGGAUCUCUGCAUCACUGAGGUGAAAAAAACAGUUUGGGUAAUAUUCUUAAUGUGCGUUUGAAAGGAGAGAGUUGAGUCAAAUAUAAUGGCAAUAUUCUUUGGGUAAUGGUACUUUUGUCAAAAGGCAAGAGUGGUGUCCAUAAACACAUGCCUGUGUCUAGCAGGGCUAAUAAUCAACAACUCGGUUUUCUCCGUGUUAAGAAACAAAAUGUUACGGGACAUCUCAACGUUACAGUUAGUUAGUUUGAAAGGCAUAUGUAUAGCAUACCUGUAUGUAUAGUUGGGUGUCAUCUGCAUAACAGCGAGAGCUCAUUUUAUAUGUGCGUAUGAUACCGCCGUGCGGCAGCCUAUCAAUGCUGAGCAAAUGAUGACCACCGAUCCCUGUGGGACUCCCAAAUCCUGCAACUCAGUGCAAUGCUCAGAGGUCACAUGAUCAUGGAUUACACGGUGUGUUCUUCCUGAGAGAUACAGUUAGAUGUAAAGCAAGAAAGUGCUCGGGGAGUCCUAUUUCUCGAGUGCAGGCGUCACUGUGCUGGCUCCCCGCCCGAUUCGGAAUUUACUCUCCACCUGGCCCAAAAUGCUGCUGCCCGAGUACUGAGUAGAACUAGGAGGAGAAGUCCUAUUUCUCGAGUGCAAGCGUCACUGCUCUGGCUCCCUGUAAAAUUCCAAAGUGAAUGUUGAUUAAUUGCCCUGCGAUUGGCUGGCGACCAGUUGAGGGUGUACCCCGCCCGCCUCUCGACCCGAGUCGGUCGGCCGCCAUAGGCUCCGGCGCGCCCGAGGCCCUAGCGAGAAAAUGGAUGGAUCGAUGUUGAUUUGAAUUUUCUCGUCAAUGUGCUUCUCAUGUUCUUUCUUCUUCUCCUUAUUCCUCUUCUGCUGCUGCUCUCAGACGCUCAUGCAGGUGAGUGCAUCCAAUGUUUCUUUUCUACCCCAAAACUCCACAUAUAAUCUGUACACGAGGAGGACGAAUCCUACUUCCAAUUCCUGGACUUCGCCUAUGAAGACUCCAAAGCCGAGUUCAACGUGGACUCGCCCAAUGGCGUGGUGAUGGAAGGAUACUUGUUCAAGAGGGCCAGCAACGCCUUCAAGACAUGGAACAGACGCUGGUUCUCCAUCCAGAGGAGCCAGCUGGUUUAUCAAAAGAAGCUCAAGGACUCUCUGACGGUGGUGGUGGAUGACCUACGUCUGUGUUCCGUCAAACCCUGCGAGGACAUCGAGAGGAGGUUCUGCUUCGAGGUGGUCUCCCCGACCAAGAGCUGCAUGCUGCAGGCUGAAUCGGAGAGGCUCAGACGAGCUUGGAUUCAGGCGGUCCGAGCCAGCAUCGCCUCGGCCUACAGGGAGAGUCCUGACGGCUUCCGCAGCGAGCACCUGGACAGAGCGGCCUCACCGUCCUCCAGCAGCAUCGACUCGGCCGGCGGCCGUGACGAGAGCAUCCUGCAGAGGAUCCUGCGCCUGCCGGGCAACCAGCAGUGCUGCGACUGUGGCCAAGCAGAUCCUCGUUGGGCGUCUAUCAAUUUGGGGAUUCUGCUGUGUAUCGAGUGCUCCGGCAUCCACAGAAGUCUCGGUGUUCAUUGCUCCAAAGUGCGCUCACUCACGCUGGACUCGUGGGAACCGGAGUUAUUAAAGCUGAUGUGCGAGCUGGGCAACGGCGUCAUCAAGCACAUCUACGAGGGCUCGUAUCACGAAGGACAAGGUGCUAGGAAACCGACGGCGACCAGUUGCAGGCAGGAGAAGGAGGCCUGGAUUAAGGGCAAGUAUGUGGAGAAAAAGUUUGUGAAGAAGCUGACCGCCACGCCGAGUUUAGUCAACGGCGACAGGAAGACGACACGGCGCUGGAACGUUCAGAAGUGUCGCAGGCACAACAGCGCCACCACGGUACCGAAGACAUGGCGGAGGUACCGACAGGAGCCACGGAGCACUUCUCCGUCCAGCCUCUUCUCAGUUGCUGCCAAGUCUCGAAGAGAGUCCUUGUUUUGUCCCGAUGAGCUGGACUCCCUUUUCUCCUACUUCCACACAGGCUCUGGACCUCGAAGCCUCAGCAGCGAUAGCGGUUUGGGCAGCACCGACGGUAGCACCGACUUUUUGGUCACGGGACCAGCAGUGGACAGCGUGACGGAGGAAGAGUGCGAGGCGUCCGAGGACUCGAGCGGCGAGGCCGAGCCGGACACGUCGGACCCGGAGGACGCCAGGUACCUCCACCCCGGGGCGCUCCUGUACAGAGCCGCCAAAGCUCGCAGCCUGCCCGUCAUGGCCGAAGCGCUGGCUCACGGCGCCGACGUCAAUAUGGUAAACAAGGACGACGAGGAGAAGACGCCCCUCAUACAGGCUGUGAUUGGGGGUUCCUUGCUAGCCUGCGAGUUCCUGCUCCAAAACGCCGCUGACGUCAAUCAAAGAGACGCGAGAGGGCGGGGUCCCCUGCAUCAUGCCACCCAGCUGGGCCACACGGGGCAGGUGUGUUUAUUCCUAAAAAGGGGCGCCGCCCAGGGCAACGGUGACGAGGACGGCCGUGACCCGUUGAGCAUCGCGGUGCAGCAAGCCAACGCCGACAUCGUCACACUGAGACGCCACGUACCUGGACAUCUUCCGAGAGUUCUCGCACAUGGCGUCCCACAAUCCCGAGAAGCUGAAGAGGAGGAGCGUGCACUUCAGGCACUCCUUCAGGUAGUCCAGCCAGGUGACCCGCAUGACCUUUCCACUUGGACAAAGCUGGCGAUGUUGUUUGUUUUUGUUUUCAAUUUCACCUACUUCAUGCUUGUGUUGUAUUUUGUCCACAAGGGUUUGCAGGUCUUAUCCUCGGAUGGCUUUUGUGUUUGUAUGCAAACACCGAGCACUUGUUUUGUCUCUUUCUUUGCUGCGUCCCGAAAUGUCAAACCAAACCAAAGUACAAUCCUUCCAAAACAAAAUCAACAGUAUUCUGUUCAACGUACUCUUUUUAUUGUGAGCUGGAGAGCAGCUCUUCUCAGAGUUUUUGUGUUCAGAGACAUUUUUCCAAGGACCCCCUCAGAAUUGAAAAACCAAUUCAACAUAACUACUAAGCAUACCCUGAAAUGCUCUAGGAAUGAACAAACUGCCUAUUUCCGAGAAAAAAAUUGCAACCUUAUAAGAAUAGAGUCAUAUUAUUUCAGAGCAAAGAUGUGGUUUUGGAGGAUAAACUGUUGUAAUCUUCCCAGAAAAAGUUGCAAUAUUAUAAUAUUAAAGCAAAAGAUUUGAACUGUGACUAUUAAGUGAAUUUGACACAAUAUUAUGCCUUUUGCUGUGUAAAAGAUGCAUUUUUUAAUAUCUACUGAAACAUUACAACAUGAUAAUGUCAUUUAUAUUGAUAGGGUUCCAAAAGGCAAUACUUUCUCGGAAAGUUACCGGUAAAUUUCCAUGUCAAGUUAAGAUGUUUUUGGGGCAAUAUUCCAAAUUGGAAGUGUGAAUGGAAAGUUAUUGUAGUCAAGCAUAAAUAUCAACGUUUUGUUUUGUCAUGGCAGUUAUCCGUGAACAAUAAUAUAAUUAAAAAAUUACAUUUCAA